AUGUUGCUUCGGUUGGACGAUGGUGUGGUCUUGGAUGAGAGGGAGUUUCUUCAUGAUUUCGUUAAUUUGGCUUAUAACAUGGGUGUUUUUAUGUAUGAUGACCUUCUCGUGAUUCUUUCGUUGAGGUAUCAGAAGAUUCAUCUUCUUCAGAUUAGGGAUUCGGGGCAUCUCGUUAAUGCUCGUGCCAUUGGCUACUUUUGUCGUUAA